CUCUUUGUUUAAUGGAGAUAUCAGCAAGUGCUAAUGAAGUCUGCUAAUCCUCUGAACGCUCCGUUAAUUCCUCCCCUCUUCAGCCGGACAUUCUGCCGUUGUAUUUGUUCAAGAUGGGCGCCGGCGGCUGCAGAACGUCGCUGCUGCUGAUAGUUUUAUUGUUUUAUUGUUCAGACUCCAUUUAAAGUCAAUAAGGACUAAUGGAUGUUUGUUUAACUUGGAUGUCAGCGUUCUUUCAUUGCCUCGCAGCCCGUCGGCUGCCAAUCAAACACGUGGCCUACAGGAGGAGGAGCAUCAGGCUUCAAAAGCGCUGUGCCCAGAGGACCAGGACCAGAGGUAUGCAGUUCGUUGUUCGUUGUCCCGCCAUCUUGGCUCUCAUGGCGUUGGUUCUGUGCGGUCCAGGUGUUUCCUCUCAGCUCGACCGAGAUCAGGACCAGUACCAGAACCAGGACCUUGACCUGGAGCUGCGUCAGCACAGGCUGCUGCAAAGAGCUCGCAGCGCCGGACUCCUGUCACAGGACUGGAGUAAACGUGCGGUGGAGGACCUGCUGGCUCAGAUGUCUCUGCCAGAGGCCGACGCCCAGCGGGAGGCAGCAGUCGUUUCCAUGGCAGCAGGAGGAAGAAUGAACCUGGAGCGGUCCGUCGACCCCCCCAACAACCUGCCCCCCCGUGAACGCAAAGCUGGCUGCAAGAAUUUCUAUUGGAAGGGCUUCACGUCCUGUUAAAGUUAAAGAUGACACCUCGCCUUCAUCAGACCAGUUGACCAAUCCCAGAUUACCUGACCUUCACCUGAGCAAUUUCACGGACCAAUCAGCAGCUGUCUGGCUGCAGUGUACCAGAAUAAUUAAUGUAAUUAUCAAUUAAAGAGAGAAAUCAG